UUCAGGCGUCUGCAGCGAACACUCCCAGAGGGGUCCUUCCGUCGCUGUGUGAGCACGUGUCCUGCAGACGCCGCAGCAGAUCACCGUUAACGGCGCCGCGAUGAUGGGCAGCAAACCGAGCACGAUCGCUGCGGGGGUCUGCGGCGCGAUCUUCAUCGGGUACUGUAUCUAUUUCGACAGAAAACGACGCAGCGAUCCGAACUUCAGAACCAGACUGCGUGAACGGAGGAAGAAGCAGAGAGCUGCUCAGAAUAAAUCUGGACUCGCUGAAUUGCCAGAUCUUAAAGAUGCGGCAGCCGUGCAGAAGUUUUUCCUGGAUGAGAUUCAGCUGGGCGAGGAGCUGCUGGCGCAGGGAGACUAUGAGAAGGGUGUUGAUCACCUGACCAACGCCAUUGCCGUCUGCGGCCAACCACAGCAGCUCCUUCAGGUGCUCCAGCAGACUCUGCCUCCUCACGUCUUCCAGAUGCUACUCACCAAACUACCAACCAUCAGUCAGCGGAUAGUAAGUUCUCCGAGUCUGGAGGAAGAUGACGUGGAGUGAAGCCUGGCAGUGUGAUGAUCCACCUGCUGAUCUUCUGGUGUUUUAU